GCAAGGSCACGCGUGGGGUUSCCGUUGUGCUGCGCGGGGARCUGAACAUCRCCCGYGYRAGACGAUCCYUGGCGAYUUCCUCUCGUGCGCUGCGGUAGUCCGUUUUCGUUCACUGGGCGUGCGCAUCCGACCGUCAGCGAAUGGCGCCACGUGGCCAGCAGAAGGCGAAACGUCCGCACGGUGGUUCCGGCGAAGCGAGUGCAGGGCAAACAGGAAGGGGCCACAUCCCAAAGUCGAAAAAGCUCCGCGCGGGAGACGGGUCGGAGGGAGAGAUGGGGGGUGACGGGGGAGAGGAGGAGACGCCUAUGGACAUCACUUCUAAAGGGACGCCUGUGCUCGGGUUCGGGCGUGACGGUAUGAGCAGGCAGCGUAUGCUUGCGCUCACCAACAUUGGCGUCCCGACGUCCACGCGCGGCGGCGGUGGCGGGAUGGCUCGUGCGCAAGGACUUUCGUCCGGUGACAUUCCGCCGCAGAGGGCCGUGGGUUCUGCAUCCACUAUCGCAUCCGUGUCCGAGCGCGGCGAAAAAGCUCCGGUGGGUGAGUCUCCAUCGCGCCACGUGGAGGCAUCAAACCCUACGAUCGUCGCCGCUUCGUCGAGGGAUGUGCUUCAAUCCGCGCAAGCAGCGAGUGCCGCUGGUCAUGCCGCCCCCGUCGGUGUUGGAGAAAGGCGAGAAGAUAGGAGGGUGGAAGAGGCGGGGAGAAAACAGGAGAGGAGGGAGGAGACUCCACGCKGGGAAGAAGAGGACGACCAGCCUCUGAGCGCGAGGAAAAAAAGGUCCCGCCAAGAGGAGGAGUUGGAGGCAAAAUCGAAGUUGUGGGUAGACGGCAAAGCGUUCUGGGCAACCGGCCCCGGACGGAUGAUCGCGGACGCGGUGCAUUCCUGCGCGGACUACUUCUGUGCGAUCGUCAAUAGAGAUGCAGGUGCCAGCGCUCCGCAAGGCCUCAUCAUGCCGCCCCCCGAAGUCCCGAGCGUGCGGAUCGAAGAUGGCGCGCAACGAGAGCCAGCUCUUAGACGGGCGAGACGAACGGAGAACGUGGCAAUGCUCGUCAUCCACGGGUGGAUAUUCAGGUCAUCUUCAAGGUUCGAUGGUUUUGCCCGCGCGGAGUCCUACGUCGCCACAGAUUACCCCACCGACCUGGCGAGAGCAGUUUGGCAGAGCUUCGAGUGGUCGAGGAUAGUGCCUCCCGCCGUAGUUUACCACACAGUAGCUUUGAAGAUGGACAUCCCACUGUGGUUCGCCGGGGCAUAUAUCGAGAAUAGGCCGGAGGACGAUGACAUGACCGCGCACCAGGAGGCGACUGUGAUGCAUAUUGCGUCAUGCUUCCAUGACGCGCUCCGGGCCGGACAGUGGUGGGACGGCGGUAGAUUGUCACACCAGAGACUGAGCAGAAUCGGGUAUGCUUUCCGCCUGCUUCUCGCUGCGUGCAUGUGGAUCAUGCGCAUGGGAGGCGACGAUGAGCGCUCCUACGACAAGGCGUUUUACUACGCGCAGCUGGUGGCGAAGCCGACUCUCGUGUCGGCGUGUUCAUCGUCCUUCAACUGGCGCCGCCAUGUGAUGCACUCUAUGAAUGUGGUCUUGACUCGCGGAAGCCACCCUUGACGCUGGGCGCUUUCCCUGCAUACAUCCCGGAGUGGGCUUCGUGGGGAGUGCGGUACAACUGCAACGCUGGUUUGGCGGACCCCGACGUCGCGGCGAGAGUGGACUGGAUGGGGACGGGACCUUUUGAAGCUGAUCGGAAGGAGGACGGGACAGAUGACGAAAUGGGAGCAUAAGUGUCCUCUUCGCAGAUUGUGUUCCUGUUUCGGAGUCGGGGGAUGACGGCGACGACUGCAGAUGGUUUGCAUGCAUUGACGCGUUCCGCCACGAGAGGGCCCCUUCGUAGAUUGUGUUCCUGUUUCACCCCGCUGCACGCGCGCAGUGUCUCGUCUCCCAAAAGC